AUGGCUCCUCCUCCACGUCUGCGCAUUUUGUCCGUCGGUGGCAAUGCCAUCUCAGCUUUUUUGUCAUGGCGACUUCAGGCAACCACUUCUUGCGAUGUUACCCUGGUCUGGAAAUCUGGGUUUGAGGCCGUUGCUCAAUACGGUGUCUCAUUCAAAUCCAAAGCGUUCGGCAAUGAACGAUUCAAACCCCGUCAUGUCGUUCGUGCUCCCGAAGAAGCCUCAUCACGCGAAAAUGCCUACGACUAUGUCAUCCUCUGCGUAAAAGCUCUGCCGGAUGUCUACGACCUUGCCUCCGUGAUCGAAUCCGUCGUUACUCCUCAACACACCUGCAUCCUCGUGAAUACCACAAAUACCCUCGGCGUUGAAGCCCACCUCGAACAAAGAUACCCCACCAAUGUCAUCCUCUCUCUAGUUUCCAACGUGGAAAUUUCCCAAACCGGGCCCAGCGAGUUCGAGCAUCUGAGCUCCAGCCAGAUUCAUGUGGGCGCAACCAACAAAUCUUCCUCUAUUCCGACGUCAAUCCAGAACGACAUGGCUGCGGCAUUGGCAAUGACUCUGAACUCCGGUCAGGUCGAUUGCAGAGUUUCGGAGAAUAUCAGACAAGAGCAGUUUGACCGUAUGAUAGGCCCGAUCGCGUUCCACCCCGCAAGUGUCGUUUUCGACACUCCCAACCACACACAACUCCUCGAGAAAACCGGUGUUCGUGCCUUGGUAGCAGGUAUCAUUGACGAGUUGACGCAGCUCGCUUGUGCGUACGGAUGCUCGUUCCCCAGCGACUUCCGGGAUAAGACCAUUGAAAAAAUGACUGCAUUGGACGCUCCGACGACAAUGUACUCGGAUUACCAGGCCCGACGGCCUAUGGAAGUCGAGACCUUCCUAGGGUCACCAAUCAAGUUGGCCAUGGAGUCUAACGUCCGCGUACCCCGAACCGAAACAAUGUACGCAAUGCUGCAUCACGUCAAUAUCGCAAACCAGAAUAAGCCCCGACAGGAGUCUCCACCUGCAUCUAUCGUGAACCAACCGCCUCCUCGCAUGUCUUCUGUACCUCCACCGCAGCGACCCAUGAUGAACGGCGGCCCUAUGCGUGGAAGUCGGACGCCGUCUGGUAUGAGCCUACCCCCGCAACAAAGACGAGGCCCACCAUCUGGGAUGGGGCCUAGAGGUCCCCCUCCUGGACAGAUGCCCAUGGCACCCCCUUCCCGAGUCCCGCGCGACCCGUCAAUGGAAGGACUCGAGGAGUUUAGCCACUUGGUGUUGUAUGACGAGCAGGGCGAACCAGGAGUACCAGCCGUAUCGCACCAGAAUGGGAACGGGUACCCCGAGGGUCCAUCCGAACCUGUCUCCGAGUUAACGUUACGGGAGCGCGAGCUGGCACUUCGUCAACGUGAAUUGCAGCUCCGCGAACAGGAGAUGAGCAUGCGCCGUGGCCCUCCUGGUCCAGGGCGUCGUGGACCGCCUCCCCGUCCUGCUGCGGCAUUUGAUGAAGAAGACGAGGAUUAUUUCGACCCAAUGAACAACAUGGCGAUUCCCCACUUCGACCCCGACAGUGUGGACAUGAUGAGCAUGACUUCUCGCCGAACGCGUAAAGGCCCCAGCCAAGGCCAGCUACGCAAAAACCCUGAAUUUGGCGCAAAUGGUGCGGGUCCUGGCAGCCGCCCUUCUUCCUCAGCGUUCAGUCGUGCCUUUGGUGGUAAGAAACGCGCGAGCGAGACUGCCAUGCAACAGAUUCCGGGCCUCCAUGAUUCUCUCAUGGGCCAUACGUUGAUGGGAUACUCCUCAAAUAGAUAUGGAGCCGUUGAUCGAGGCCAGAUGCACGCGGAUUCUCGAGCCAAUUCUUUAACGGCCAGCCACAUGGGAGAUUUCCCACCCCGCCCCUUCCCGCAGAGCCGCCGCAACAGUCAAACGCCCGGCCUUCCAUUCAAUGGACCCCCUGGACCAUACGGACCGCCUGGCCCAGGAGGACCCCGGAUGGGUCGUCCUAUCGCGAAUGAACACAACCUUGGCCCCCCUGGUGCACCUCACAAUGGCCAGCCCUCGCCGCCUGGAAACAUGCGUACGCCGCUACCACGCUAUCCUACGGGACAUGGAAACAUGGGAGGGCCGCAGCAACCUGAGCAACACUAUGGGGUGAGCAACGCGUUACCCGGUAAAGGUUAUCCUAAACAGAAUCUGACCGGCAGUGCGAGCGCCAGCGCGGUGAGUGGUGAUAGUGGAGCUAGUGCAAAUCUCGACUCAGAACCCUCAUCGCACAGCAGUCAGAUCAGCCUCAAUGGCCCAGGAGUCGCGGCGCCCGUCCGUUGA